AUGUUAAAAUCACUUCUCAACAGCAUCACAUGUUUUUCCCAACUAUCUUCAUGUGAGAGCGUUAAAAUUGAACCAGUUCAAAAGUAUUAUGUAAAGGCUGAAGAGAUACUGAAAUUGUUGAAGACGAUACUUGAUGCUGUUACUGAUGUGGAAGAAGAAAUGCUGCAAAGUGCGUUUGCAGGACUACUCCAAUCUGUUGAUGAAAUAAGGGAAUUGUGUGAAAACUGGCAGCCAUUGAUGAGUAAAAUAUACUUUGUUUUACAGGUCGAGUCACUUAUUUCAAAGAUUAGAGCUCAGAGUUUGCAGAUCCUGGAGUUGUUGAAAUCUUCUGAUGAGAACCUUGUGCAAAAAAUCCAGAGCACAAAUUCCAAACAAACUUCACUUGUCAUCAAGAAAGCCAUCAAGGACCAUGUGGAGGGCCCUGAAGCUAGCUCAGAUGACCUGGCACAAGUUGCAGACAGCCUGGGCUUAAAGUCGAAUCAAGAGCUCCUGAUUGAGGCCGUGGCUCUAGAGAAGCUGAAGGAAAACGCCGAGCAAGCAGAAAAGACCAGUGAAGUCGAGGACAUAGACCAAAUGAUUGCCGUGGUCACCCACAUGCACGAUCUCCUCGUCUCCUUGAAACAGUCCGAACUUUGCAACCCCGUUCCCAUACCCGCCGACUUUUGCUGCCCGCUCUCGCUCGAGCUAAUGACAGAUCCUGUCAUUGUUGCCUCUGGUCAGACUUACGAGCGAGCCUUCAUACGGGACUGGAUAGACCUCGGUCUGACUGUGUGCCCCAAGACGCGUCAAACCCUGGCCCACACGAAUCUUAUACCGAACUACACCGUCAAAGCCCUCAUUGCCAGCUGGUGCGACACAAACAACGUCAAACUGCCAGACCCCGUGAAAACAACGUCAAAGCUUUCGCUGCUCCUUGUAAACGCCGAGGCUGGUGGGGUCCGCAGGAUCAACAGUUGCGGCACCCCGGACAGGUCCUCGAGCUCCCCACUGACGCGCAGCCCGAUCCCGUCCCCUUCCCACCCUCGCUCGUUUUCAGAUUCUUUCACAGCUCCCCCCACGAAUGGACACGUGUCGGAUGCUGAGCGAGCCUCCCCAAGAAGUUCCGACGACCGGUCGGAUCACUCUGGCGAGAGGAAUCCAAACUUGAGCGGCGCGGACGAGAAUCCACCUCAGGGGCACAACCGUAAUAAUUCUGCCUCCAGCACCCACUCAAAUUCCAACCGGUCCCAGGGCACUCCCGUCGAGGGAUCCGAUGUCUCAGGGGAGCUCGCCCCAGACCCCCUACCCGCCGCCGCAAACACGAUCCCUCAUAGGGAACCAGACUUCCCAUCGAGGCUCGAGAUGCGGGCCCGCGGGCAGGCGCUCUGGCGCCGGCCGACCGACCGGUUUUCUCCCAGGCUCGCCUCAUCAUCCCCCGCAGCUGAGAUGCGGCCUGAGCUCUUGGAGAUUGAGAAUCAGGUGAAGCGGCUGGUCGAGGACCUCAAGAGUGAGUCCCUCGACGCCCAGCGGAACGCAACCUCUGAGAUCCGGUUGCUCGCGAAGCACAACAUGGACAACCGUAUCGUGAUCGCGGGGUGUGGGACCAUCGGUUUUCUCGUUGGCCUUCUCCGCUCGCCGGACCUCGCCGUGCAGGAGAACGCAGUCACCGCCCUCCUCAACCUAUCCAUCAACGACAACAACAAGUCGGCCAUUGCUAAUGCCGGUGCCAUCGAGCCGCUGAUCCACGUGCUCGAGCACGGGAGUCCCGAGGCAAAGGAGAACUCGGCGGCCACACUUUUCAGUCUCUCGGUGAUCGAGGAGAACAAGGUGAAGAUCGGGCGGUCGGGGGCCAUAAAGCCGCUGGUCGACCUUCUUGGGAACGGGACCCCCAGGGGGAAGAAGGACGCGGCGACUGCUCUGUUCAACCUGUCAAUCAACCACGAGAACAAGGCUCGGAUUGUGCAGGCCGGGGCGGUGAGGCACCUGGUGGAGCUGAUGGACCCCGCGUUCGGGAUGGUGGACAAGGCGGUGGCCGUGCUGUCCAACCUGGCGACGAUCCACGAGGGCCGGGCUGCGAUCGGGCAGGAGGAGGGGAUACCGGUGCUGGUGGAGGUGGUGGAGCUCGGGUCUGGGAGAGGGAAGGAGAAUGCGGCGGCUGCCCUCCUUCAGCUCUGCACCAACAGCAGCCGGUUCUGCAACAGGGUUUUGCAGGAGGGGGCCGUGCCCCCAUUGGUUGCGCUUUCGCAGUCCGGGACGCCUAGGGCUAGGGAGAAGGCGCAGCAGCUACUCACCUUCUUUAGGAACCAACGGCAUGGAAAUUCUGGCAGAGGUUGA